AUGCGCCUUCAAAAUAAGUUUGUAUUUCGAAGUCAUGCACUUGUUCCCAUAUUAACAUUUGCCUGUGAUGCCUGCAAACAAGUGACACUACAUGUUCCCUCUGAACUAGAAGCUGAAAAAUUUGUUGGAAGAGUUAACCUGAAGGAGUGCUUUAAGUCUGCAAAUCUAAUUCAUUCAAGUGACCCUGAUUUCCAAAUUUUAGAAGAUGGUUCCGUCUACACAAUAAAUGCUGUUCUUUUUUCCUCUGAGAAGAGAAAUUUUACCAUAUCACUUUCCAACACUGAGAACCAUGAAGAAAAGAAAAUACGUGUGCUUUUAGAGCAUGAAACAAAGGUACUAAAGCAAAGUCAUUCUAAAGAAAAAGUUCUAAGACGAGCCAAGAGAAGAUGGGCUCCAAUUCCUUGCUCAAUGAUGGAGAAUUCCUUGGGUCCUUUCCCAUUUUUUCUUCAACAGGUCGAAUCUGAUACAGCACAAAACUACACUAUAUACUAUUCUAUAAGAGGCCCUGGAGUUGACCAAGCACCCUUGAAUUUAUUUUAUGUAGAGAGAAAUACUGGAAAGCUGUUUUGUACUGGUCCUGUAGAUCGUGAGCAGUAUGACUCUUUUGAGCUCGUUGCCUUUGCAACAACUCCAGAUGGAUAUAAUCCAGAAUUUCCACUUCCCCUAGUAAUCAAAAUUGAGGAUGAAAAUGAUAAUUACCCAAUUUUUACAAGUGAAACUUUCAUUUUCACAGUUGCUGAACAUUCAAGAAUUGGUUGCACUGUGGGACAGGUGUUUGCAACGGACAAAGAUGAACCCGGCACGUUGCACACGCAGCUCAAGUACUCCAUCCUUGAGCAGCUGCCAGCAUCCCCCACCGUAUUUUUCAUGCAUCCGUCUACAGGUGUGAUUACCACGACGUCAUCUCAGCUAGACAGAGAGUUAAUUGAGAAAUACCAGUUGAAAAUAAAAGUACAGGACAUGAAUGGUCAAUAUUUUGGUUUGCAGACGACUGCAACUUGCCUCAUUCAUAUUGAAGAUGUGAAUGACCACUUACCAACCUUUACUCGUACUUCUUAUGUGGCAUCAGUGGAAGAAAAUACGGUGGAUGUGGAAAUCCUACGUGUUAGUGUUGAAGAUAAAGACUUAAUUAAUACUGCUAAUUGGAGAGCUAAUUAUACCAUUUUAAAGGGCAAUGAAAAUGGAAAUUUUAAAAUUGUAACAGAUCCCAAAACCAAUGAAGGAGUUCUGUGUGUGGUUAAGCCGCUGAAUUAUGAAGAAAGACAGCAGGUGACCCUGCAAAUUGGUGUAGUUAAUGAAGCUCCGUAUUUUAGAGAAACUACUUCAAGAUCAAGCAUGAGCACGGCUACAGUUACUGUUAAUGUAAAAGAUCAGGAUGAGGGCCCUGAGUGUACUCCUCCAGUGCAAACUGUUCGAAUUAAAGAAAAUGCACCAGUAAAUACACAGAGCAAUGGAUAUAAAGCAUACGACCCAGAAACGAGAAGUAGCAGCGGCAUAAGGUAUAAGAAAAUAAAUGAUCCAAAGGGGUGGAUCACUGUUAAUGAAAACACAGGAUCAAUUACAACUUUCAGAAACUUGGAUAGAGAGGCAGAGUCCAUCAGAAAUGGUAUAUAUAAUGUUACAAUCCUUGCAUCAGACAAAGAUGGAAGAACAUGUACUGGGACACUGGGAAUUAUACUUGAAGAUGUGAAUGAUAAUGGCCCGUUAAUACUGAAACAGACAGUGAUAAUCUGCAAGACCGUCAUGUCCUCUGCGGAGAUUGUUGCUUUCGAUCCUGAUGACCCUGUAAAUGGCCCACCCUUUAGCUUCAGUUUGGAGGGUGAUUCUGAUUCAGAAGUACAGAGAAUGUGGGGACUGACAAAAAUUAAUGAUACUGCAGUACGUCUUUUCUAUCAAAAUGACCCUCCGUUUGGACCAUAUACAGUACCUGUCAGAGUUACAGAUAGACAUGGCCUGUCACAUGUCACUCUAUUAAAUGUUAUAGUAUGUGACUGUAUUACCGAAAAUGACUGCACACUUCGCGUAGUUCCCAGGACUGGCAUCGGAGAAAUCAGACUUGGAAAGUGGGCCAUCCUUGCAAUACUGUUGGGCAUAGCCUUGCUAUUUUGUAUCCUGUUUACCUUAAUCUGUGGGACAACUGGGGCAACCAAAAAGCCAAAAGCAAUUCCUGAUGAUGUAACCCAGCAGAACCUCAUUGUGUCAAACACUGAGGCUCCUGGAGAUGACAAAGUGUAUUCGGCAAACGGCUUCACAACCGAGAUUGUGGGCAGCUCGGGUCAGGGGACUUUCGGCACCGUGGGAUCAGGAGUGAAACCCGGGGGGCAGGAGAUCAUUGAAAUGGUGAGAGGAGGCCAGCAGGCCCAGACCUUGGAGUCGCGCCGGGGGCCCGGGCGCCCGCACACGCUGGAGCCGGGCCUGGACUCCUGCAGGGCCGGACACGUGGAGCUGGACGGCUGCAGAUACGCCUACUCGGAGUGGCGCAGCUUCACUCAGCCCCGGCUCGGCGAAAAAGUACAGCUGUGUAAUCAGUAUGACAAUCAUGAACAUGCUCAAGACUACAUCCGUACAUACAACUAUGAAGGGAAAGGAUCCGUGGCUGGUUCUGUAGGCUGUUGCAGUGAACGGCAGGAAGAAGAUGGGCUUGAAUUUUUGGAUCAUUUGGAACCUAAAUUUAGGACACUAGCAGAAGCAUGUGUAAAGCGAUGAGAGCAUCCUAAUACGUCUACAAAAGCCAGUGGCUUUGUCACCUUUUCUUUUCUUUCUUUCUUUCUUUUUUUUUUUUUAAAUUAAAGGCCAAGGUUUUUUUAAAAAAUAGGAGUUGCUCCGCUUGGGGAUACCCUUUUGUUUUGAUGGAAUGUUUUUAAGGAAAUGCACAUUUACUGAUACGUGCACAAAUUUCCCAGCCCUUAACAUAGUUUUCCAUUUCUUCCAUCCAAGGAGACCUAAAGAAAUAGAAAUAUUAAGGAAGUCUGCAUUAUUGUUUACAUUUGGGUAUAAUGCCAAUAGCCAAUUUAUAGUGCAAUAAAAUAUACUUAAUUUAAGUCUAUAUCAUAAACUACUUAAAGUAUAGCCUAAUAGAAAAUUGUAGAGACCUUACUUUAACGUGAUCUCCAGUUACCUAGUUAAUCGUUUCUGUGGUUCUUGAAGACUGUCUUCCCCCUAAACAUUGUAAAGUAUAUAUAUACUGCAUUCUUGAUAUUGUUUUAUUCUUAUAAAACAAUAAGAUCCUUCUUCAUAAUGCAAAGGGAGAUUCCCAGCCAGGCAUUGACUGUUAAAACAAUUCCGCUCUGAUGGAGUUGAGUUUCUAGGUUGUAUGCUGUAUGAAAUUUUGCACUGAAUCUACAUUUCCUCUGUUACCCACCUUGUCAGCAAAAUUUAAGUUUAAAAAAUGCUUUAAGAGUGUAUUUUUACUCUUGCAAGGUUUUGCUCUCUCUUCCUCUCUCCUCCCCUCUUUUUCUCCCUCUCCCCCUCUCCUUUCCAUUCCUCUCUGUUUCCCCC